CCAAAGCCGAAACAAACGAAAGAAGAUUCCUCUUCCCUCGUCGAAGUCUCUCAAUCGAUCAUCGCAAGGCAUGGAGGAAAGCCAGACCAUAUCGACGUCGGACGCCGACGAUCCGGCGGCGGCGGAGCACGAGGGGCCCGUGGCGGUCCUCGACCUCACGAGCAGCCAGCUCCACGAUCUCAGCUCGGUCGAGCUCCCUCCGACUCUGACCGAAUUGGACUUGACCGCGAACCGCCUCACGAGCCUCGACCCGCGAAUCGGGCAGCUGUCUAACCUGAGAAAGCUCUCGUUUCGCCAGAAUCUGAUCGACGACGAUGCCGCCGUGGCUAUCUCUGGCUGGGAGGCAUUGUCCGGCCUCGAGGAACUAGUGCUUAGGGAUAACAAAUUAACAAAGAUACCUGAUGCCAGCAUAUUCAGGAGGCUUUUGGUUUUUGAUGUCGCCUUCAAUGAGAUUCCCUCAUUGAGCGGGUUGUCCAAGGUCUCCAGCACUCUCAAGGAGCUCUAUGUAUCGAAGAAUGAAGUACCGAAAAUAGAGGAGAUUGAUCACUUUGCUGACCUUCAGAUUCUUGAACUCGGUUCUAACAGAUUGAGGGUAAUGGAGAACUUGCAAAAUUUCGUUAACUUACAAGAGUUGUGGCUGGGAAGGAAUCGUAUCAAAGCAGUCAGUUUAUGUGGGCUGACAUGCAUCAAGAAGAUUAGCUUGCAAAGCAAUCGUUUGACCUCUAUGGCAGGAUUCGAGGGAUGCAUUGCUCUUGAGGAAUUGUACUUGAGCCACAAUGGCAUUGAAAAAAUGGAAGGCUUGUCAACUUUGGUCAAUCUUCGUGUAUUAGAUCUGUCGUCAAAUAAACUGAAGUCUAUUGAUGACAUUCAGAGUCUUACACGGUUAGAAGAUUUAUGGCUUAAUGACAAUCAGAUAGAAUCACUUGAAGGUAUUGCUGGGGCUGUUGCCGGUUCAAGAGAGAAACUUACCACUCUCUAUCUUGAGAACAAUCCAUGUGUGAAAUCUCCAAACUACUUCACCACAUUGAAGCAAAUCUUCCCCAACGUUGAGCAAAUUGAUUCGAAAAUAUUUGCUUAGUGAUCCUCAGUUUCUCAUAGAUGAGAAGAUUUGCAACUUUUGUGCGAGCAAUGUUUCCAAGGCCCUUGAUCGUACAAAGCAUAUCCUCGGUUUUCAUUGGCAUUGCCAUUUGCUGCGAUGUUAAUGGGGCCCUUAGCAGACUGAUUCAGUUUCCUGCUGAGCAAUGCUUCCUGACCCUAAGCAUGGCGAGAUUCCUGCUUUCAUCACAGGUGGAAAGCUUCAGAUAUUUUUGUCAAUUUUCUUUAUCUGUUCCAAGAAAAAAUUUAUGGGUUCCAGUUCCUUGCUGCUGCCUUUUCCUAUCUCUAAGCCAAACCCUCUACCCUUGGUUGUGUGCCAAAAUUUUAAUGCAAGACGAUGGACAUGGGAUACUUAUGUUGGUUGAAUGUGUAUUUAAAGCGACUUUCUUCCGAGUU